UCAACAUAAACGACUUUACGCAUCGUCAGCAGGGUCGUAAAUUGUCGUCUAAGUAUAUAAACAGUAUCUUGUUGAAUAAUGGAAAGAUGAUAACGAAGGCGUGGGAAGACUUUGUUAACUCGGGGAAACGCUUUCGCUGUCAGAUAAUUGGGCAGGUGUGUGGAUAUGUAUAUAAGAAGCAGUUGGGUGGGAUGAUUUUCAAACAAUUCGUUCCAGUAUGCGAUCACAGUGUAGCAGUUUUCUCGUGCUGCUCGUGCUGGGUGUUGCAUCCGGUGAGCUAGUACGGUACGACAACUUCCACCUGUUUCGGGUUGCGAUCACAGAUCAAGAGCAGUUGAAGGUUCUGCAGAAUGUGGAGCUUCAGAAUGAUCAGCUCAUAUUUCUAGACUCUCCCACACAAGUGGGUAUGAAUGUGAGUGUGCUCGUUUCUCCACGAAAGCUGCUGGACUACCUUCAACUUGCGAAGAAUGCGCACCUUUCCUCACACUUGGCCACAACCAACUUCCAAGCGAUUCUGGAUGCGGAAAACCCUCCCGCAAAGAACAAACGCAGCGAUGAGUUCGGUUGGGAAGAGUAUCAAACGCUCGAUGCCAUUUACAACUGGAUCGAUGAAUUGGCAGUUAAGUACUCUUCCAUUCUUACCGUCCAGAGCAUUGGGCAAUCGUACGAAGGUCGUGAGAUGAAGGUGGUGAAGCUGUCCCAUCAGGCCGGAAAUCCUGGCAUCUUUAUCGAGUCGAACAUUCACGCUCGUGAGUGGAUCACCUCCGCUACGACCACGUGGCUGUUGAAUGAGCUGCUCACGUCCUCCGACCCGGCAGUACAGGAGCUCCUCACGUCCUACGAUUGGUACAUUCUGCCCGUCGCCAAUCCGGACGGAUUCCACUACACCAAGACGACGAAUCGAUUGUGGCGCAAGAAUCGCUACCCCCACAACAUCCUCUGCCCGGGGGUUGAUCUGAAUCGUAACUUCCCGUACCACUGGAUGGAAGGUGGUGCCUCGCAGGUAGCGUGCAAUGAUAUCUACGCGGGACCGUCUCCCGCCUCGGAAGUGGAAACACGUAACAUGAUGGAGUACUACGAAACGAUCGUCGAUCGGAUUGAGCUGCAUCUGCAGUUCCACUCGUACGGGCAGUACAUCCUGCUGCCUUACGGUUACCAAGAUGCCGACUAUCCGGACAACUAUUCCGAUCAGCUUGAAAUAGCGGAAGCGGCUGCGAUCGGAUUUUCCAAGCGUUACAACACACCGUACACCUACGGUACCAUUGCGGAUGUGCUGUAUGUCGACUCCGGAUCGACCACCGAUUGGGCGCACGGUUAUCACAAAACCCCGCUGUCGAUGUGCUUCGAGUUCCGCGAUAAUGGUGCGUACGGGUUUGUGCUGCCCGCGGACCAGAUAAUUCCGAACGCCGAGGAAACGCUCGAUGCUCUGAUAGCGAUGCUGGCCAAAGCCAAAACAAUGGGCUACUUCCAGCGAUCCUGAAGUGCACACUAGACAAAUGACUGCUCCAUCAAUCAAACACAUGAGUGGGUUUGCGUUUUUAUGACUUCUGACUGCCUGUCAGCAUAGAUAAACAGGGCUAAGAGGUUUUAUUUGCAAUUGUCAGUGCCCUCCCCCUAUUUUUGAUAAGAUGCAAUAAAAAUGCAAAGCUUCUUGCCGAUUGCUUGAACGGUA